AUGAGAUUGAUGAUACAAAGAUGGAUUCCUCUUCGUGUUAUUAAGAAAGGUACUCUGAGAUUACUGUAUCUAUGCGAACGACACUACUCUGCUUUACGCGAUGGGAAAGCUUCUUAUAGAGUGAGAUUGAGGAGUGAGAUUAUUGAUAUAAAAGCUAAUGAUGCUUUAGAUCUCUUCCAAUCCAUGAUUCGAUCUCGUCCUUUACCUUCUCUAAUCGAAUUCAGUAAACUGUUUGGCGCCAUAGCUAGAACAAAACAGUAUGACCUCGUGUUAGCUCUCUGCAGCCAAAUGGAAUCGAAAGGGAUUCUCCAUAACAUCUACACACUCAACAUCAUGAUCAACUGCUUUUGUCGGAAGACUAAACUUGGUUCUGCGUUUUCGGUUCUUGGGAAAGCUCUGAAACUUGGGCAUGAGCCUAACACGAUCACGUUUUCGACUCUGAUCAACGGGUUCUGUCUCCAAGGUAGAGUUUCCGAAGCUGUGUCGCUUGUUGAUCGAAUGGUGGCAAUGAAACAUAGUCCGAAUCUCAUAACACUCAACACACUGAUCAAUGGACUUUGUCUCAAAGGUAAAGUAUCCGAAGCAAUGGAUUUAAUCGAUCGAAUGUUUGAGAAACGAUGUAAACCUACUGCAGUUACUUAUGGACCGAUUUUGAACAGAAUGUGUAAGUCAGGGAACACUGGAUUGGCCUUGGAUUUGCUAGGGAAGAUGGAGAAAAGAAAUGUCAAGGCCGGUGUUGUUCAGUAUAGUAUCGUCAUCGAUGGUCUUUGCAAAGACAAGAACUUUGACGAUGCACUCAAACUUUUCAAUGAGAUGGAGAGGAAAGGGAUCAAAGCAGAUGUUAUCACUUAUAACUCUCUCGUAGGAGGACUUUGUAACGACGGUAGGUGGAGUGAUGGUGCGCAGAUGUUGAAGGAUAUGGUUAGAAAGAACAUCACCCCAAACAUCAUCACGUUCAGUGCUUUGAUUGAUGUUUUUGUGAAAGAAGGGAAGCUUACAGAGGCUAAAGAGAUGUACAAUGAGAUGAUCACAAGAGGUAUAGAGCCUGAUACCAUUACUUAUAAUUCCUUGAUAGAUGGGUUUUGCAAAGAGAAUCGUUUAGAUGAGGCGAAUCAUAUGCUGGAUUUGAUGGUUAGCAAGGGUUGUGAUCCUGAUAUUGUUACUUAUAGCAUACUAAUAAAUAGCUACUGUAAGGCUAAGCGGGUUGAUGAUGGUAUGAAACUUUUCCGUGAGAUUUCUAGGAAGGGACUUGUUGCAGAUACAGUCACUUACAACACUCUUGUCCAAGGGUUUUGUCACUCGGGAAAUGUUAAAGCUGCACAAGAACUCUUCCAGGAAAUGGUAUCUCGUGGCGUGCCACCCAGUGUUAUAACCUACGGUAUAUUAUUGGAUGGAUUGUGUAACUAUGGGAAACUAGAAAAAGCAUUGGAAGUAUUUGAAUUAAUGCAGAAGAGUAAGAUCACUCUUGGUAUUUGUAUUUAUAACAUCAUCAUUCACGGGAUGUGCAAUGCUAGUAAGGUCGAUGAUGCUUGGGGUUUAUUCUGCAGUCUCCCUCUCAAAGAAGUGAAACCUGAUGGCAUAACAUACAAUGUGAUGAUUGGGGGACUAUGCAAGAAAGGCUCGCUGUCUGAAGCGGACAUGUUGUUUAGGAAAAUGAAGGAGGAUGGGCUUGCUCCAGAUCAUUGUACAUACAAUAUACUCAUCAGGGCACAUCUCGGAGGUAGUUGCAUAAUCUCUUCAGUUGAAAUCAUCGAAGAAAUGAAGAGGUGUAAGCUCUCCGCAGAUACUUCCACCAUGAGGAUGGUUAUGGAUAUGUUAUCAGAUGGUAGAUUGGACAAAAGCUUUUUGGAUAUGCUUUCUUGAAUUUCUGGUUAGUGCUUCUUGAUCCGGUUGUUCAUUUUGAUACAAAUUGUCAGUUGCAUCGAAAUGAUAUGAAUGUUCUUGUGUUGCUAUGACUAUUUUUGUACAUGAAAUAA